AUGUCUUUACGACCUGUCCUUCGACAUACACACUCAUCACCAGGUGAUACGCCAUCGAAUAGUGUGACGCCGUCCAUCGCACCUUCACCGUCACCUAGCUUCGCCGUUCUACCCAGUACUACUGUGUCAUCUCGAGUAUCAGUCCAAUUGCCCGAAAGGCCCAGACCGAUGCAUCACGAAUCGAGCCCUCAUUUACCUUCCGCUAUGCACCAUUCGACAUCUGCCGGAUUUCCAAGAACAAGGACCAAUUCAAGCGGACAAGGACCAGCCGAUGGGAAAUACAGGCGAAAAGUAGGAUUUGAAGCUUUCGAAGCUGGACCUGCGGCCUUGUUCGCUUUUACAUGUCAGGCUAAGAGUGAGGGCUACAAAAGAUCUCGAAACACUCGAGUAUUCGCUGUCGCUGUCUCUCCUGAUGAAUCCGGAGAAGACGCUUUAGAUUGGUUGAUGUCCGAGUUGAUCGAAGAUGGAGAUGAAGUGGUAGCAAUCAGGGUGAUCGAAAUGGAUGAAGGGGAACGUCAAUCACCUGAAGCGCAAGACGAGCUUCGAGAAGAUGCUCAACGUUUAUUGCAGACUGUGCAACGGAAGAAUAAUGAGGCGGAUGACAGGAAGAUAUCCGUAAUUGUGGAGUUUGUCGCUGGUAAAGUAACGGAAAUACUUUUGAAGAUGAUCGCUCUGUACCGUCCUGACUCCCUGAUUGUGGGAACAAAGGGGACGAGAAGCAAAUUUCAGACAUGGGGAAGGGCACUUGGAGCACCAGGAAUGGGUUCCGUCUCUCGGUUCGCUGUAUCUCACUCUCCUGUUCCCGUCAUUGUCGUUCGUCCCGAACGUAAAGUCAAGAAGACCCUUGCCAAACGACAAAGUGAUCCAAAACGAGGACAGUAUGCUGCCAUCGUAGGACCGGAUGGAUUGGCUCUAAGCAGAAGUAGAAGUAGAGGAAGUACCGGAGCCCUCAGUGAAGGAGGAGAGUAG